AUGGCCGACCUGCAGGAGCUCUUCGCUCGGCUGAAAAGCCCUUCGAACUCUGCAUCCUCCCCCGGCGCGUCGCAGACGGGCGCCAGCACCGCCAACCAAGGUUAUCUCCAGCCAUCUGUCUCGUCUCCCAUUUUCUCCCCCCAACCUGGCGGCCCUCAGCCCCAUCAUCCAUCCGCAAUCAUGAGCCCGAACAGCUCUACUGCGCACACUCCGGCGCCUGAGACCAGCAACUCGGAUCGCACAACAAGCCUUCUGAACCUGCUGAAAUUCAACCAGCCCAGCGCCACGCCGACCUCACUCCCGGAUACCGCGGCCGACCGUCGCCCUCCAUCGAGCCUAUACCAGGACAUGCAGGGAGGACAACAGGGUGUUCCGGGUCGCGCAACCUCUGCUUCGGAUCUUGUUGCUUCGUUCAUGCGCAAGCCUCCUUCGUCUGCCGCCGUCCAGUCUCCAACUAUUGCUUCGCCUGCACCCAACAGGCCUGACAUGGGCGCUGCCUCUUCCAACGCGAACCCGCAGGACCUCCUGCUGAGGCUCCUCAACCACCCCAAGCCUCCGCAGACCGACACUCCUUUGCAGCCUCAGGCCGUUGAAACAAACGUGCCGCAGGCUAACAUUGACGACCUCACUCAGGAUCUUGCCGACGCCAGGCUCGAGCCUAGUAACGCUUCUGCGGCUAUGCCGUCUACUAGCUCGCCGCUCCACAUCUUCGGUGGCAGCAGUGUUUCUCAGCCCGCUCCUUUCGAGCCUGCCACUGCCGCCCCCAAGAAUCCGCUCUUUACCUACGUCAACCCAUUUGAGCAGCUCUCGGCUUCUUCUCCUCGCAACCGCACUCCGAAGCCCGAGGCCCGUUCCGGUACCUCUACACCGAAGGUUGAGAUUUUGAAGCACGGCCGAGAGACGCCGUCCGCUAUCAGUGGCGCUGCUCCAGCUUUCAAGUCUAGGAAGCUGUCCGCCACCGGUUCGCCUAGCCCUGUCUAUGAGUCACGCGAGCCAGGUACUGUGGCUGAAGCCCUCAACGAAGUUGGACAAAUUGUCGAUAAGCAGGUAGAGGAAGCCGUUGCCGACUUGAACAAGGAAUCCAAAGCGACUGAUGGCCGUGAACCACUCCAGGAAACCGAUCUCAACAAGGCUGUCCAUGAAGUUGCUGUCGAGGCCAAGGAGCAGCUAGACGACAAGGAAAUUCGCCGCGAAUUCGAGAAGGAAAUACCCAAGGAGCUCGCUAAGGCGAUCGAAGAUGUCGUUGACGACGUCGCCCAGGAGAAGGUUGCCGAUAGCUGGGAGAGUGCUGAAGACAGUCCUGGAAAGGAAGACGGCAACGCCGUCAUUGUCUACAACUUCCCCAUGAAGCCCUUCGUUUCUAUUGAUAUCAAAAAGCUUCAGGAUCCUCCGAUCCCCAUUCGUCAGGACAACAUUAUGGAUAUUGCUCGGUUGAAGAAGGACUUCGAUCAGAUUGACCGCAACCUGGUCACUGUUUCCAAGACUUUCAUUGCAUACGCUCUGUCCAAGCAUGGAGGUUUCCGCCUCAUCCGCCAAGACACGGGCAAGUAUAAGCAAGUCUUCAACGCAACCAAGGAGCGCAUCUUCAACCUCCAGGUCUGCACGAGCUCUAUUAGCACGCCCAGCUCGCCCACUCACGAGGUUGAGACUGUUCUUGCCACUGGCGUCGAUGGUUCUGUUUUCUGGACCACGAUCGUUGGCUCUCACGGUGACACCUUCGGGGAAGACAACCUCGAAGAGCAGGGUUUUAUCUUCCCGCCCGUCCCUGCCCAGGAUGAUAACACAUCCGGUGGUCAGCUCAAGACGCGUGCGAAGAAGAGCUCACGUCACCCAGACUUCUUUGGUGUUGGUAGAGGAAAGUCAAUCUUCAUUGUCUGGCCUCAUAUUGCUCGCUCUUCCGAGUACACCGACGCCAAGACUCGCAUCUGUGACAGCGACAGGUAUCUCAGCGAGCGCUGCCUCCGCAUCGUCACUGGUAAGGCGGGCAAGGAUUUUGCCUUCAGCGAGGAUGAUACCGUCAUCGCUUCCCUGGACAAGGCUGGAAGGCUGAGGUUCUGGGAUAUUCGCGAUUUGGUGACUGAGUCUCUCAAUGGGCAGGCCGUCGGUCGUAUGCCACCUCGGGAGGUGCGCACACCUAUGCUUCAGUUGAACACCGUUGCGCCUGGUGAUAAGUCUUGGCCUACUUCGGUCUUCUUCCUCGACAAGGAGCGCCCUUGCGCGAAGGGUAUCGCUCUUCGGUACCUCAUCGUCGGUCUCAAGCAGAAUCACACUCUGCAGUUGUGGGAUCUUGGCCUGGGCAAGCCUGUUCAGGAAAUCAACUUCCCUCACGAGAACGAGUCGGACGCCAUCUGCAGCAUUGCUUAUCACCCGAAGACUGGCCUUCUUGCUGUCGGCCACCCGACCAGGAACUCCAUCUACUUCAUCCAUCUGUCCGCUCCUCGAUACAACCUCCCUGCUAUGUCUCAAGCCAAGUACUUCACUCGCUUGGCUGAGCGGGAUCCCGAUCUGCCCAGACCUGAAAGCACUGCCAUCAUGAGCGGUAUCCGCGAGUACUCUUUCGCCUCCAAGGGCCAGCUGCGUAGCUUGGAAAUGCUUAACGAGCCUGCGGCUUCUCCGGAAAGCUAUGCUCCGGAUGAUGCACCUUUGUUCGAGCUGUACAUCAUGCACUCCAAGGGCGUUACCUGCUUGGGCAUUAGGAAGGACGACCUUGGCUGGAGCCAAGAGAACAAGGUCUUGCAUCCCGUUGAUGCUGAGGCUGGCGGUCACAUUGCUCUCAACAACAUCCGCGUCCUCUCCGCUCUUGAAGUUGCUCCUAGCACGACCGAAUCGUCGGCCAACGGCGAAGCAGCAGCCCAAAAUGCGUCCAACACUCGUUCCUCUCGCGCUCCUGUUAAGGAGGCCCCGAGGAAGGAGCCUGCUCCUCGCUCUCGCGCCACUUCGCAGGCUCCUGAGACUGCUUCCAUGAUCGCUUCGACGCUGCAGAGGGUGGAGAACCAGCAAGAUGCCGAUCGUGCUGCCAUCAUCAACGGAGGUGACAAGAGCGAAAAGAAGAAGAAGAAGAAGGCUGCUGCCGCUGCUGCCUCGGAGACUGCGUCUCAGGUCUCGACCGCACCUAAGGCAACCGCUCCUGCCGCAGCUCCGCCUUCUUACGCGAACAUUGCUCAGCGUGCCAAGACGCCUCCGUCUUUCGAGCAGCCGAAGGCUGUUGAAGAGAAACCCAUUGCUAAGGCUCCAGAAACUGAGGUUCCUGAGUGGGCUACCAAGCUUCUCGGUCAGCUCCAACCUGCUGCUCCUGCGCCAUCUGCCCCUGCCGCCUUCGAUCCUGAAAUGCUCAGGAAGCUUGAGGAGGGCAUCUCUGUUGAGUUCAACAAGAGCUUGGGCAAUGGGUUGGAGACUCUCUAUCAUCGUUUCGAUGAGGACAAACGUGUUCAGGACGCUGCUGGCGCUGCUAAGAUGGAUGCUGUCCUGCGGCUGGUGUCCAGCACCCUCACCGAGAAUGUCGAGAAGACCUUGUCUCGCAUUGUGACGCAGAACAUCCAGAAGACUAUCCUUCCAUCUUUGAGCGACCUGGUCACUACUACGAUCGAGCGUCGUCUUGCCGAAACCUUGGGCCAGACCGUCUCUGCGAGCAUUCCUCGUGAGGUCAAGGCGACCCUUCCGUCUGCUGUCAACACUUCCAUGCGCGACCCCGAAACGCUCCGUCUUAUCUCGGAUUUGGUCUCUCACAAGGUUACUCAGCACAUGGAUUCGAACAUGGCGACUAGUUUGCGCAACAGUAUUGGCAACACUUUCUCGACUGUCGCCGUCAAUGCUGCUCAGCAGUUGUCUGGAGACAUGGAGCGUCGCAUGGGCGAGCAGCUUCGCCAGGCUGAGAUUCAGCGCCAGCACGAUGCUGCAAAGAUUGAUCGUCUGACUAACUUGGUCACUGGUUUGGCUGAGGCUGUCCACGCCAUGUCUGCUUCUCAGUCUAGCUUUCAGGAGGAAAUCCUAAAGCUGCAGAGGCAGGUUGCUCAGACUGAAGGCUCCGUUAGGUCUGCCCCUUCUACCGGUCGCUCCACCGCCCCGCCUGCCAAGGGCCCGGAAGAGAUUGAGCAGGACGAGAUUACGAGGUUGAUGAGCGAUGGUAGCUACGAAGAGGGAACCAUCAUGUGGCUCCAAUCGCCUCGCCAGGCUGAGCUCUUCGACCAGCUCUUCGUGCGCUGUAACCCAGCCUACAUCCAAUCUCUGUCUCCUCUCGUCGCGCUGUCCGUGUCGGCUGCUGUGACUGCGUCUUUGGAGACCAACAUUGCGGAGCGCAUGAUGUGGCUCGAUGCCGUCUUCAGCACCAUCAACCCCAAGGACGCAGACAUUCUCGAGGUUGCCCCCAAGAUUAUGGAUGUGCUCUCUACUCGCCUCCAGGGCGCGUACAUGCAGAUUGCCGAGACGACCCCGAACAACCCGGUGCUCCGCAAGAUCUCGAAUCUUAGCCGCCGUGCUAAGGAGUUGAAGGCUUUGGCGGGUGUCAGCUGA